AUGCCAUUUAAGAGCAGAGGAGGAGGUAUUGGGGAUCACUAUUUUUCUCCAAGAAAUGUCCUUUCGAGAAACUUGACAUUGUUCUUGUGCCUCGCGAGCUUCUGCCUUGGAAUGUUCUUCACUAACAGGAUAUGGACAAUGCCUAAAGCUAGAGAUGUUACCAAGAAUCUCCAAGCUCGAGAACUCGCAACUAAAUCUAAUAUCCGGACCUUGGAUAAAUCUAUUUCAAGCUUAGAGAUGGAGUUAGUUGCAGCUAGAUCAGAGCGCGAGUCUUUGUUAGGAAAGUUUAACAUUACGAAACAGACUCAGAAAAGAAAAUACUUUAUGGUUAUUGGGAUCAACACUGCCUUUAGUAGCCGUAAGAGACGAGACUCGGUUCGCGCAACAUGGAUGCCACAAGGAGAAAAGCUUAAAAGGCUCGAGGAAGAGAAAGGCAUCAUCGUACGCUUUGUUAUAGGUCACAGUACGUUGUUUGCUGGGAUUCUUGACAAAUCUAUUGAAGCUGAGGAGAAAACUUAUGGGGAUUUCUUGAGACUGGUGACAACACUCGGGAUGACUUUAGAAGAACAUCGCAACAAACCUAGGGUUUAUGUAGGAUGUAUGAAAUCCGGACCAGUCCUAGCCAGAAAAAACGUGAAGUACCAUGAACCGGAGUAUUGGAAGUUUGGGGAGGCUGGGAACAGUUAUUUCCGACAUGCAACGGGACAAUUAUACGCCAUUUCUAAAGAUCUAGCGACUUACAUAUUGAUAAAUCAGAACUUGCUGCACAAGUAUGCGAAUGAAGAUGUUUCAUUGGGUUCAUGGUUCAUAGGUUUAGACGUAGAACAUGUCAAUGACAAAAUACUCUGUUGCGGAACUUCUGAUUGUCAGUUGAAUGCACCGACGGGAAAUGUAUGUGCGGCGUCGUUUGACUGGCAAUGCAGCGGAAUUUGCCGACCGGUCGAGAGAAUGGUCGAAGUUCACCGACGCUGCGGUGAACGCCGAGAUGCGUUAUGGAGUCCCGAUUUCUUGAAAGUAUAGCAAACAGUUUUGUUUCCAUAGGGUGUUGUUGAAUGUAACAGUUUUGUUUCUAACUUGAGAAUGCUUUUUUUAUUUCUACAUUUGAUAUUAUAUUUGAUUGUUUUUAAAAUAACUAGGAAUAUGACUCUGUUUUGCGGGGUUAAUCUGUGAUAUAUUAAAGCUUUUUAUUUUAAUUAACAAAUUUUUGAUUUUUGAAGUUAAGUUUGAGACA